AGCAAUUAAGGAUAUUUUAAAGUUGCUAAAUUAAACUCAAACCGUAGUUUUGCCACAAUGUCUUUGGUUUUCCUGCCGGUUACCGGCCACCCCAGUACUGUGCAACAAGUUAGUGUGCCAACCCUUGCGUGCCCUCCUAGUAUGUGUAUUGCAGGGCCUACACAACUCGCACCCCAAGUAAUGUUCAAUGCAGGCCCCUUUGAACAUACAAUUAUACCCACAGCUACCAAGAGGAACAGUGAUGAUCCUUCCAGACUUGGAAGUGUGGAUAAUGGGGCUAAGAAGAUGAAGUUGGAUCCAAGCCAAAUCUCGAAAGUGGUUCACCUACGUAGCUUGCCGGGUGACGUAACUGACAAUGAGGUCAUACAGCUUGGUUUGUCAUACGGACAUGUUACCAAUGUCCUCAUGCUAAAGGGCAAGAACCAAGCUUUCCUUGAAAUGGAGGAUGAAGAAAUAGCCAACCAGAUGGUUAGCAGUAGUGGUAUAAGCCCACCCACUAUAAGACAACGGAUAAUUUAUGUUCAGUUCUCAAAUCACAAGGAGCUGAAGACAGACAGCUCGCCAAACCAACUGAAAACGCAAGCGAUCCUCGAAGCAAUGCAGAAACGUGACGGUGGUCCCAACCAUGUAUUACGUGCUGUGAUUGAGAACAUGUUGUAUCCCAUCACCCUUGAUGUUCUGCACACAAUAUUCUCCAAGUUUGGAGUAAUAUUGAAGAUCAUCACUUUCACUAAAAGCAGUCAAUUCCAAGCCUUGAUACAAAUGGCUGACGCCCUGCAAUCACAAACAGCUAAGCUUUCUCUUGAUGGCCAGAACAUCUACAAUGGUUGCUGCACCCUCCGUAUCGAGUAUAGCAAACUAUCCUCGCUCAAUGUAAAGUUCAAUAAUGAUAAGAGUCGUGAUUACACCAGGAAUGACUUGCCAAGCGGUGAAGCUUCAAUACUCGGCACAGGGUCAACACUGCAGUCUAUGCUAGGAGGUGCAGGGUUGAUGCCGUCACCGUACCAGAACAACAUAGCGGCCGCAAUCCAACAAUCACAACUUGCGUCACUUGCCAAUGCUUCAGGUGCCCUGCAGCAUCUUACGGGAACAAACAUGGCGGGCAACUCAAACCAUAUGGUGACACAGCUUGCAGCUAUGGUGGGCCAAACAUCUGUGCUACAUGUGUCUAACCUGAAUGAAGAGAUGGUCACCCCACAAAGUCUCUUUAUUCUAUUCGGUGUAUACGGCGAUGUGAACAGAGUGAAGAUAAUGUACCAGAAGAAAAGUAACGCGCUUGUGCAGAUGAAUGAUCACCAACAAGCACAGACAGUGAUAAAGUACCUGCAUGGUGUGAAGUUAUACGACCGUCCAUUACAAAUAAUGAUGUCACGACACAACCAAGUACAAAUGCCAAGGGAAGGACAGGAGAUGGCCAAGCUUACACAGGACUACAGCAACUCCCCUCUACACAGAUUCAAAAAACCCGGGUCGAAAAAUUUCCAAAAUAUUUUUGCUCCAUCUGAAGUUCUUCAUCUGUCUAAUAUACCAAACGACACAGAAGAAAAUUUUCUUCGUUCCAAGUUUGAAGAAGUUGGAGUCGUGGUUGGCUUCAAGUUUUUUGUCAAAGACAGAAGGAUGGCCCUCAUCCAAAUGUCGUCGCUGGAAGAAGCAAUCUUAUGUCUUGUGAAUUUGCACAAUUUAAAGUUAGGGGAAUCCAAUCACCUUCGCGUUUCUUUCUCCAAAGGCCAGAUUAACUGAGCGCCAUGUUUGGUCCCACAUUUAGGCUGGUGAACUGUUUCAUUAGUUACUUUGGUUAGCAUUCCAUGUGAACACUGAGAGUCCGCACAGCAUUUUUAACGAUGCGUUUUCGCCCUAGUGCACAUAUACCUAUUCCAGGGGAGUAUUCAGGGGGUGUAAAAGGGGUCUUGAUCUCCCCUUUUUGUGAAAUAACCAUGCUUUAUUGUGCCACACCUGCUAGUUAACACGUAAAAAUUGUUUUUAAACACAGUUAGAACCCCCUUUGUAAAAAGUGAGGCAUGAAACACACUUUUUGCACCACACUUCUAUUCCAAGCAUUGCAUAAACAAUGUUUUUAAGUAGAAUUAGACCCCUUUUUUAACUCCUGGAUGCGCCUCUAUUCUAUUCCACAUCACGUAGUGAAUAUUUCGUUUUUUCGACCAUUCCCGCCCGCCAAGCAAGACUGUGGUCUUAGCCCAAUGUUCUUUGCUUAAACUGUACAGCGCACAUUCCGCCAUUUUUGUUCUUUCGUGUAUCAGCGGGCCCUUUUUGCCGUGAACUUUACAUUCGUUUAUAAUUCUUAUUACACCUUCGUAAGAAGGA